ACCAGCUAAGCAGUCGGAUGUUCAGUGUGCUUUGCACACCACCCAUUAUUGGUAUGGACCACCCCUGUGUUCGCGACAGCCCUCAACAAAGGCGACAGAUGCUUGAGCGGCCCAUAUACUGACCGCAUAUCGUAUUUUGAUGCUUAAAACGACCGCGACAUACAUUUACGUAGUGCUUUUUCAGGAUGAUUCAUAAACGGAGCAUUCUUCAAAGCUGUGGCUUUGUCGUUUUCUUUGUUGCGGUGCACUACGCACACGGAGACCUGAGCUAUUCUGUUCAGGAGGAGCUGAAGCACGGAUCUGUUAUUGGAAAUAUCGCCAAAGAUCUCGGUUUGGAAGUGGGCAGACUGUCUGCUCGCAAAGCUCGUGUUGACAUGGAAGGAGACGACAAACAGUACUGCGGAAUUAACCUUCGGAGCGGGGAUUUAUUAGUUGCGGAAAGAAUAGACAGAGAGGAGCAUUGUGGAGAAAAGCCUUCGUGUGUUCUCAAAUUCGACCUGCUAUUAGAGAAUCCAUUGGAGUUACAUCGGUUGUCUCUGCAGGUGCAGGACGUGAACGACAAUGCGCCGGUCUUCCCAAAGGAUAUUACAAAGCUAGAAAUAACAGAGUCAGCUCCCAAGGGAACCAGAUAUCGCAUUAAUGCAGCCCAUGAUGCAGACAUAGGCAAGAAUUCUGUUGAAAGCUACAUUUUGCAGCAAAACCCCCACUUUAUAUUCAGUAUUCAGACGACAAGUGCUGGCAGUAAAUACGGCGAGUUGGUUUUAGGUAAAGAGUUAGACCGAGAGGAGCAGCAGGAAAUGAAAUUAUUGCUCACCGCUGUGGAUGGUGGCUCCCCUCAGAGAUCCGGGACUGUAGUCAUACACGUCAUUGUACUUGAUGCUAAUGAUAACGCCCCAGUGUUUACUGAGGCUGUGUAUACAGCCGCAUUACCGGAAAACUCACCUUUGAAAACCAAAGUUAUCACUGUAAGUGCAUCAGACAUAGACGAGGGUAUCAAUGGAGAAGUUACAUAUGAAUUUAGCCGACUAUCUGACAAAUCACGAAAGCUUUUUUCACUAGAUGAGAAAACAGGAGAAAUCAGUGUGACAGGUGACAUAGAUUACGAAGAGGGGUCCAAAUAUGAAGUGUUUGUUGAGGCCAAAGAUGGUUAUGGGCUCUCCUCAGAAGCAAAAGUGAUUAUUGAUGUCAGAGAUGUUAAUGACAAUGCUCCAGUGAUAUAUCUGAAAUCACUGUCUAAUCCCAUACCAGAGAACGUGUCACCUGGUACAGAGGUGGGCAUCAUUAACGUGCAGGACAGAGACUCUGAGAAUAACAGACAGGUCCGCUGCUCCAUUCAGCAAAAUGUUCCUUUUAAAUUAGUUCCUUCUAUUAAAACCUAUUAUUCUCUGGUGACCACAGGACAACUGGAUCGUGAACUAGUGUCUGAUUACAACAUUACAAUCACUGCCACUGACGAGGGCUCUCCACCUCUGUCCUCCUCUAAAACUGUUCAGUUAUCUGUAGCUGACAUCAACGACAACCCACCUGUGUUUGAGGAACAGUCCUACAGCGCAUAUGUGACAGAAAAUAACAAACCUGGCUCCACUUUAUGUUCCGUUAGUGCUCGAGACCCCGACUGGAGACAAAACGGUACAGUGAUUUAUUCUCUGUUACCUGGUGAUGUGAACGGUGCCCCGGUGUCCUCCUAUCUGUCUGUUAACGGAGACACGGGGGUGAUCCACGCUGUGAGGUCGUUUGAUUAUGAACAGUUCAGGAGUUUUAAAGUCCACGUGAUGGCCAGAGACAACGGUUCUCCUCCUCUGAGCAGCAACGUGACCGUCAGUGUCUUUAUAUCGGAUGUGAACGACAACUCUCCUCAGAUACUGUACCCCGGGCCGGAGGGCAACUCGUUCAUGACCGAGCUGGUCCCCAAAGCUGCACACGGAGGCUCUCUGGUGUCGAAAGUGAUAGCGGUGGACGCGGACUCCGGACAGAACGCCUGGCUGUCCUAUCAUAUAGUCAAAUCCACUGAUCCGGGACUUUUCACUAUUGGUCUCCACAGCGGAGAGAUCAGGACACAGCGGGACAUUUCUGAAUCUGACAGCAUGAAACAGAACCUUAUUGUGUCAGUGAAAGAUAACGGACAGCCCUCUCUCUCUGCCACCUGUUCCAUGUAUUUACUUAUUUCUGAUAACUUGGCUGAGGUGCCAGAACUGAAGGAUAUUUCUUACGAUGAGAAGAAUUCCAAACUGACCUCUUAUCUGAUCAUCGCCCUGGUUUCUGUGUCCACCUUUUUUCUGACCUUCAUUAUAAUCAUUCUGGGUGUGAGGUUUUGUCGCAGGAGAAAGCCCAGACUGUUGUUUGACGGAGCAGUCGCCAUCCCCAGCGCUUAUCUCCCUCCUAAUUACGCAGAUGUUGACGGCACAGGAACUUUACGCAGCACUUACAAUUAUGACGCCUACUUGACAACAGGUUCUAGAACCAGUGACUUUAAGUUUGUGACAUCAUACAAUGACAACACACUGCCUGCAGACCAGACUCUGAGGAAAAGUCCAUCAGAUUUUGCUGAUGCAUUUGGAGAUUGUGGUGCUUCUCCUGAGGAGGAGCUGAAGCACGGAUCUGUUAUUGGAAAUAUCGCCAAAGAUCUCGGUUUGGAAGUGGGCAGACUGUCUGCUCGCAAAGCUCGUGUUGACAUGGAAGGAGACGACAAACAGUGCAGGACGUGA